AUGAUCUCCUCGUCGUUUGCGCCUAGCCUCACUCGGCGAGACACCGGGAAGUCAAGCAUAGGCCAUGAAACCGCAACCGGGGCCAUACCUCCCCCCUUAACCAGCGGAGGGGGCUCGUUCGGGCCCCAGAGCGCUGCCGCCAUCUAUCAACACAUCCACGACAUGGCUACGAAACGGAUUUCCACCCUGGAUUACCUGCGAAGAGCUCACGAAGGCCGCAUAUACUGGUUCAACACGGUGCACUUCUCGCGCGCCGACAUCAACCGCAUCCCCUACUUCGAAUCCCGAAAGCUCGCCCGCCGCGCAAUCAACUACCUCCUCCUCGGACUGUCCCUCCCCCCGAUCCUCGACGUGAGCUCCACCCCGGCCGAGUACCUGCGCGCCCUGAACGCCCUGUUGAUCGAGUUUGAGACCUUCCAGCAAGUCCACCCGCCGGAUGGAAGCUCGUCGUCGACGCUCGCGCGCGCGCGCAUCCCGCAGAUGUUCAAGCGGGCCGCCCACGCCGGCGGGAAGACGCGCCGCGCCAGCUCGGCCACGGAGAUCGGUCUGCCCAUGCAGUCCAGCGAUCCGUCAGACCUGAAGGCUAUGGCCGGGAAUAUUGCCUCGUCCACCGCGGCGGCUGUCUCGUUCCCGCACACCGAGGCCUCGGAGCUGCUCCCCGGAGAGGAGUACUCGUAUCUCCUGACGCCGUCGUUGCCGUUUGAACCGGACUAUUUCGAGACCUUCAUUACCCUGUGCGAUGUGCUGAUCGAUUGCUAUACGCGGCUGGUUGCCUUGGUCUCGAGUCCGUCGCUGUGCACAGUGGCCCUGGGCGAGAUGUUCGCCAAAGCGGAUACCAAGCUCCGGAAGAUCAUGGUGGCCGGCGUGGUGAGAGAAUUCGAGGAUGCGAGCCGGAAUAACGCCAAGAAUGAAGUCGCGGGGGUCAGUCGGGUGGUUCUCGGUGGGCUCAUGGGUUAG